AUGAAGCUAUGAGCGUUUUGAUCAUCAGUUUAAAUGAAGGUCUCUUUAACUUUCGGGAUUUUGGUCGUUCACAUAAUGUUGAAAGAGUACAAAACAUCAGUUUUGGAGCUUUUUAAGGAGAAAAUCGAGCUGAAUGGCUUCAUCUGUAGUCCGAAAGACUAUGUAUUUGCUCCAAGUAUAAAUACGAGCAAAACUCUGUGUGCUAUUAGAUGUACAAUGAAUGAUUCUUGCGCCAGCUUGUUUUAUGAUCCAUCAAGUUUGAAGUGUUUUGGAUGUAAACUGUAUUACAACACUGGAGAGUUAAAUGAGACAUUAUCAGGUUCACUCUAUUACGACACGAAUGAAAUUUUGAACACUACAUACGGACAAUCAUUUUACUUUUCUGGACCGAAAGAACAAACAUUCGAAGAAGCUGUGGUAUAUUGUGCAGGGCAGAACGCUCAUGUUGUUGAAGCGGAAACUACAGAAGAAAAUGAGUAUUUGAAAACGUAUUUCAUGAAUCAACAGCUCCUCACAGGAUACGAAAUCUGGCUCGGGAUAACAGACAAUGACGUGGAAGGUGUUUGGAAAUGGAAUAGUUCAGGGGCGCCUCUGGGUGGAUUCUUUGAUUGGGGGCAAGAUUCGCCGAGAAAUAUGACGAAUAGAAAUUGCGCAAAAUUUACGGAAGGACGUCACAGAAAAUGGGCUGAUUACCCGUGUAUGACGCAGAUCAAUAUGUUUACAUUUUGUGAAAGAGUGGAAACAUAACCCGUUGAAACUGUUGGCUCAUAUUGAGGACAUGUGUGAUUUGUAAGACAACAUAAUCUUUCACUUAAUACUUCCCAUCAAUGAUACUUGCUAUGUGGAUAGACUAAUACUUGCUAUCUUGAAAGACUGAUUCUUGCUAUGUGGAAAGACUGAUUCUUGCUUUGUGGAUAGAGGACAUGUUACAAUAUUCU